AUGGAGCAAGAGGGAGCUAAACCGUUUUUGGCUCAUACGUUCGCUUCUCCGAUUGAAAUGCCUCAAAAUGUUGUUGUUGAGCAAAGUGUUUUGGAGGGAGAAGCUGAAUUUUGGGACUGCUCUUGGCAUCCAUUGACAAAGGAUGUCAAUCAAAUGCUAAAAAAUGGAGAGAAAUUGGACUACUCCACAUUUCUAGGAUUUUUGGAUCAUAACUACGAGCUCUCAACUUGGUGUAAUCAAUGCUUUGAGACGAUAUUUGGAAUGAAACAAGAAGAAAUUAUAAAAAUUGAAGGAAAUAAAUACACUUAUAAAUUUUUUGUUUGUAAAGACUGCGCCCAAAUUAUUAAAUAUGCCACUUUUCAUUUCUAAAUUAUUUUUGUUUGGUCCCUUUAAUUCAUUUUCUAUUAUAAAAUUGUUUUAACUAACAAAUAAAAUUUGAAUUUUACUUUGCUUCUUUUUUUAGAUAGGAAAAAUUUUCCCUCAAAAACACCAUCUGUCGUUUUUUAAAGAACGGCAUUCCAUGAAAGGAAAAAAUGUAAGGGUAACUGCGCGGGACUGGUAGAAAGAGAGAAAAGAAGAAGAUAGGGGAGGGGACUGGUUGUGGCAACUUUUCCCGUGUUGUUCUUUUCUUUCAUUAUUGUAAUCGAUAUCCAAAAAGAAUAUUUUUUUGGUUUGUUUAUCCUUUUAAUUUUUAUAAAAUUAUGCCAUCCUCCAUCCUUAAUAAAUUUUAAUCUUUUUAAUUCAAAUUAUCAUAG